AUAUGAAAAAACCAAUAAGCAAAGUAGAGAGAGAGAGAGAGAGAGAGAGAGAGAGAGAGAGGAGAAGAAGAGAGAAGAAAAAGAUUGAAGAGAGAAAGAAUCGCUUGGUUUAUAAGCCAUAAAAGCCUUCCUUCUUGGAAUACCCAUUUACAUAUAUGCAUUGAAAAGAGAGAGAGUUGAAGGAUUGUUGGGCAUUUUACCGACUGUAAUGGCUGAUUCUAAUUCAAGUACCGAUUCUGUUUCCAUCGACGUUGAGACCAUUUAUCUGGGCGGAAAGGAGCACGUCGUACGGACUGGCUGCGGCUCUGUAUCUGUUAUAGUUUAUGGAGACCAAGAGAAGCCACCACUGUUAACUUAUCCAGAUUUAGCUCUAAAUCAUAUGUCAUGUUUCCAAGGAUUGUUCUUCUGUCCGGAAGCAGCUUCAUUGCUGCUCCAUAAUUUUUGCAUUUACCACAUAAGUCCUCCGGGGCAUGAGUUGGGAGCUGCAGCAAUUUGUCCAGAGGAGCCUGUACCCUCAGUGGAUGAUUUGGCAGAUCAGAUAGUUGAGGUUCUUAACUAUUUUGGGCUGCGGUCAGUUAUGUGUAUGGGAGUAACAGCUGGUGCUUAUAUACUCACCUCAUUCGCAAUAAAACAUAGGGAACGUGUUCUUGGUUUGAUUCUUGUUUCCCCUGUAUGCAGAGCACCUUCUUGGAGUGAAUGGUUUUAUAAUAAGGUCAUGUCGAAUUUACUUUACUUCUAUGGAAUGUGUGGUCUGCUGAAAGACUUUUUACUGUACCGCUACUUCAGCAAGGAGGUUCGGGGCUCUGCAGAAGUUCCAGAAUCAGAUAUAGCUCAAGCAUGCAGAAGAUUGCUAGAUGAGAGGCAGAGCACAAACAUUUUACGGUUUCUACAAGCUAUUGACGGGAGACCAGAUAUUACACAAGGAUUGAAGAAACUACAAUGUCGAACCCUGAUUUUUGUUGGGGAUAGUUCUCCUUUCCAUUCAGAGGCUCUCCACAUGACAGCUAAAUUGGACAGACGAUUCAGUGCCUUAGUGGAGGUACAGGAGUGUGGAUCAAUGGUGACGGAAGAACAGCCACAUGCAAUGUUGAUACCGAUGGAGUAUUUUCUCAUGGGAUAUGGACUAUACAGACCUAACCAGUUCAGUGGCAGCCCAAGGAGUCCUCUUAGUACAUCUUGUAUUGCCCCCGAGCUUCUCUCUCCGGAGAGCAUGGGGCUAAAGCUGAAACCUAUCAAGACCCGGAUUGAAUCCAAGGUCCCCGCUGCACAACGAUAAUGUUGGUCGAUUCAGUUCAAUUUAAUUUGUGUAUUAUAUUGGAAAGAAAAAAAGAAUCCCCUCUUAAGUUUUUAUUGUUUCUCUUGGGUUUUUUGUUGUAACUGGAGGGUGAGCAGGCAGGGUAGAUAUUUAUAAAUGAGCUGUAGGUAGGAAGUUGAUAUUCUUUUAUGGACAUAUAUAGGGAGGGAGGGAGAAAUUGGGGAUUCAUUCAUUGAUAGGCAGAGAAAAAAGGGUCAUUAAACAUGUUCCCACUUUCAGUUGUAUUGUAAAUUGGAAAAAGAGACGUUUAUUUAUGAAACAUGAUAAAUGGUGAAUAAGACAGCAAUUGAGCUGGUCAUUAUUAA